ACGAAUUUGUUGUAUCUGAAGGUGUUAGUAUUCCUUGACAUUUCCCCGGGAUUUUCCCAGGUGGUUCAGGGGUUCGACAGAGUUGUUCUGUUGCAGCAGAAAGGUGUGUUGAGGGAUACAAGUGCUACAUACGUGCAAAUAUCCAUUUAUCGAUAAUGACAAAUGUGGAUAGUAUUUUGAACUAUACUCGCAAAGAAGAAGAAGAUUAUUAUGCGAUUUUAGGGUGUGACGAGUCAGCUACGACAGAGCAGAUUACAGCCGAAUAUAAGGUGCAGGCACUGCAGUUUCACCCAGACAAGAAUGAGGGGAAUAAAGAAGCUGAGGAAAAGUUCCAAAAAUUGAAAGAAGCGAAAGAGACGUUGUGUGAUCCAGAGAAACGAAGUAAUUAUGAUAAAUGGCGUAAAAGUGGCAUUGCAGUUAGUUACAAACAGUGGCUUGGUAUGAAGGAACAUGUCCAUGCUUCUAUGCACUGGUCGACAUUUAAGACUAAGGAUCGUAUGCUUCCGGAAUCUGGUGAAGGAGGGGCAGUACGCAGUGGAGGGCCAACUACAGCUGCCCAGCGUCGAGCUUCAGAGGGAGGUGCAAAUAUUCACUGGGGGGCUCGAGGUAAUGUCCAGUGGGAUUCAGAUGCUUCGAGUGAGGUUGUCAACAGAUUCCGUAAUUAUGAGAUUUAAGCUAUGGCUGGAUAUCAAUGUUCCCAACAAGUUUGUGUCAAUGUUUGGCUUUUAAAAAGCAGACACCUAUACAACUCCCAGAAUCUCCUGUCAGAUUUUAUAUGUUUGUUAUUUGCAGUUAAACAACUACUGGAGUAGAAUGCAUUUUGGAUGUACUUCAUGCACCAAGUAGGAAAUAUCACAUUUUGGAAAAGAUGUUGUCUGAUUGCCCUCAGUGAUAUUUUAAAUUAUUGAUGCUGAAUACGUAAAUAUACACUUGAUAACUUACUUGUCUUCCUGAAGAAUUUCAACAUUCCAUUAUUUAUUUGCAGUAUAUAUUUUUAUACUUAUAUUAUGUUGGUACAAAGUGGAUAUUUAAUGACUGCUGGAGCAGUGUCUUGCCAUUGUGUGCUCUCACUGCAUGGGUUGCUUGCCUUUCCUACUCAGCUGCGAUGAGAGCUUUGUAGGGUGAGGUUUACUAGUUCCCUUGCACUACAUAUCUCUCAGAAUAAAACAUAAGACUCAUGAAGGCAUGCCAGUCAUCAAAUUUUAGAUUAUGGUAUGAAACUUUAUGAACACGCAUGGUAACAGACGCAGGAAUGUAGGAAAUUCACACCUGCUACAUGGUGUUCUCUAUGCCCCGAGUGUGAAACUAACAUUCACCAAGAUGGAAGGCCGUAGAGGACUAGGGAGACCCCACAAAGGUAGCUUGAUAAUUUUAACUUCAUUCAUUCUGGUCCAUCACACUAUACAGAUAUUAUAGAAUGAUUUGAAACAGUUCAGUGUGACUCAGAUGUACUAUUAUAUGAUGCCUUUACAUGUUUUGGUUAGUAAACGACCAUCAUUAGGAGGCACAACAACAUGUUGAGGAAACUGCUAUUACAUUGAUCAUCGAUGAGGUCAUUGGAUUUUUUCAAUUGACCUAAUCCUUC